AUGGGGCCACCGGGUGACCUGGUAUUGGGCCAUGGGGAUGGCCCGCGAGCCCAGGUCCCUCUGGUCCACAAUGUCGGGGGCCUACAGGGCCAGGGUACGCGCAGCCUGGGUCCCCCUGAGCCGGACACUUUGGCCCAGGACGAGCGGACCUUGGUCAGGGGCCCUGAGGCACUCACAGGGCCUUUCCAGUACAGCCCACCCUGUCGGGAGCUGGACUUGCGGCUGGGGAUCCCCCCGGCUGCUAGCCAGGACCUUCCUAUGUUGGGUGCGGGCCUAGAUGGGGUCGUUCGUUUUGGCCUUACACCCCUGACCCCGGGCGUGCUGGAGGAUACCACCCCAGGCAUGUGUGUGGUGGGGGACCACCCCAUCCCACGCCUGGAGGAGAGCACGGCCGUGGCAGGAGGGGGCAUGGACCACUCUACUGCCUUGCAGCAGGUCAGGGCGGCAGUUAUGGGGGUUGUACCCAUGACCGGCGAUGUGGAGGAGGAGCGAGGCAUCAUGGGCGUCGAGCCUAUGGAUGUUCCCGCGACUCUGGGAGAGGAGGGGUCUGAGGCCGACUAUGUCCAUUGUCCGGAGAUCUGUUUCCUCUGUGAGACCCGAUUAUCUGGCGAGGGGCUCGGACGUUUGAGGCGGCGCCUUGAGAGGGACUGGCAGACCUAUGCGAUCGACUCUCGGGGGCUGUCGGGAGGCAUUUUGGUCCUGUGGAGGCGUGGUGUGACGACAGUUGAUGUCUUUCACAACUGCCCCAAACAGGUAGUCAUGGUCGUGUCGAGACCUGAUGUUGCCCCGUGGGUGCUGUGCGGUGUGUACGCGAGCACGGACCACAGGGUUAGGAGAGUCCUUUGGCAGGAGAUCACCAACCUGGCCGCCCAGGGUAUCCCGACGGUUGUGGUUGGUGAUUUCAAUUGCAUCCAGAGUGAGAAUGAGAAGCGGGGGGGCGCUGCCUUUACUGAUAGAGUGGACAGGAGGGAGUUCCAGGAUUUUGUGUCGCGGAAUGGCCUGGUAGACUUAGGUUUUUCGGGACCACAGUUUACUUGGUGUAAUAAUCAGCGUGGCAGUGCUAGGGUAUGGGAGAGAUUAGAUAGGGCCUUAGCGUCCCCAGAUUGGAUCCUUCGAUUCCCCACUUGUAGGGUCACUCACCUCCCUCGGAUUGCCUCGGAUCACUGCCCUCUGCUACUUUCUACCUCAUCGAGUCCCACCCACCAUAGCCCCUUCCGCUUUGAGAAGGUUUGGCUGUCGUACCCCCAGUCUUGGGAUAUUGUCCGCGACGCGUGGCGGAUUCCGGUGCACGGGGAUGCCAUGCAGCGGGUCUCGCGCAAACUUGAGUUGACCAAGAGGCGCUUGCGCCGUUGGAACCGUGAGGUUGUGGGUAACAUUUUCCGGUGUUUGGAGGGGAUAGAGACCUCGAUCGCUGAGCUGCAAAGGAAGGAAGACCUAGGGGGCGUGCUUCCGGAGGACGAUAUGGUUGACCUUCGGGGCCUACUUGCGACUCAUCAUUCGCUGCUACGGCAACAUGAGGUCUUUUGGAGACAGAAAUCUCGUGUGCAGUGGGUAAGGGAGGGUGACCGUAAUACUAGCUUCUUUCAUCAGACGACAGUCAUCCAGAGACGACGGAGCAUGAUCCAUUCCCUGCGCGAUAGGUCCGGCCAUCGGGUGGUGGGUGAGCCUGCCAUUCGACAGGUCUUGCUUGAUUUUUUCCGCGCUAGAUGGACAGAGGAUGAGGGGGCCCAUGAUGGUCACUACCCUCUCAGGGUGGACGUGGGUAUUGGAGAGGUUGAGUGUGUAUCCUUGAUCCGACCGGUGACGGCACAGGAGGUGCAUGAGGCGGUUUGGGCCUUGGCAGCAGACAAGGCCCCGGGACCCGAUGGUUUCCCCCCUUUCUUCUUCCGGAGGUAUUGGGGUAUUAUCCGACCAGCAGUGGUGGAGGCCAUCCAGUGCUUCUUCACCCAAGCUGCGAUGCCUAAGGAUUGGAAGGCCACCUUCAUCACGCUUAUGCCUAAGCGCCAAGAUGCGGAUGAGCCUUGUCACUUUAGGCCCAUUAGCCUGUGCACAACCUUAUACAAGGUUGUGGCAAGGAUUUUGGUGGGCAGGAUGAAGCCCCUUUUACCUGGCAUCAUUAGUCAGGAACAGGGGGCCUUUGUAGCUGGUAGAAAUAUUUCUCGCAAUGUUAUGUUAGCCCAGGAAAUGAUGUGGGAUCUUCGGCGGGCAUCGAAGCGGCACAGCUUGAUGGCAGUCAAGCUGGACAUGGAGCGGGCUUAUGACAGGAUCAGGUGGAGUUUUCUCCAGCGGGGAGCGUGUGCCAGCCGGGAGCUGGAGGCCUAUGUGCCAGCACCGGGGGCCCGCCCUAUCUCCCAUUUACUCUUUGCUGAUGACUGUCUUCUCUUGGCCAGGGCACGGAUUCCAGAGGCACGGGUCCUACGCAGGGUGGUGGCAGACUAUUGCGUGGCAUCCGGUCAAAGAGUGAACUUCCUCAAGUCUGCCAUUUUCUUCAGCCCCAGCACAGAGAGCGGAGUCAGACAGGAGAUCAGAGGGAUACUGCAGGUACCGGAGCAGGAGGGGACGCUGACCUACCUUGGCGUCCCUAUCACGGGUCGGAGGCUACGGGUGGCCGAGUGCUUGGGCUUGGUGCAGCGGGUCCAGAGCAGGCUGGAGGGAUGGAGGGCAUCCUCCCUGUCCGUGAUGGGGAGAGUGACAUUGGUCAGAGCGGUGCUGGGAUCUAUUCCGGUGUACCUUAUGGCCAACACAGUGGUACCGAAGACGAUUCUGUUGAGAAUCGAACGCCUUCUUCGGAGCUUUCUGUGGGGGUCAUAUAGUGGAGGCCAUGGAGUGCAUCUGGUAGCUUGGGAGCAGGUUUGCCUUCCUACUAGUGAGGGUGGUCUAGAGGUGCAGUCCCUCGUUGAGAGGCGUGAGGCACUCAUUGCCCGGCACGCGGCCCAGUUUAUGUUAGUGCCACACAGCUUCUGGAGUCAGGUGAUGGCAGCUAUAUAUGGUCGGGGGGCUUCAGCAGCAGCACGGACCGGUCGUCGAGUCUCCUUCAUGUGGCGCGAGAUCGGGAGGUACCUGCCAUCAGUUGCAGCACAUACCAGGUGGUUGAUUGGCGAUGGCCGGAGUAUUGAUGUGACCAGUGAUUCGUGGGUGGACACCCUUUCCCUGAGUCGCUGGCCGACCAUGGUUGAUGCAGAGGCAAUGGAGGGGCUACGGGUGUGCGAUCUCCUAGCACCAGGAGGGGCAGAGUGGGAUGAGGCCAGGUUACGGCUGUUCUUCAGAGUACACCUGGCUGUGAGGAUUUGGUCCCUCCCGCUUCCAGGUUGUGGGGGGCCGGAUGUCAGAGUUUGGGGCACUUCGAGCUGGGCCGGUGUUAGACUGGGAGACCUCUCCCGCGCCAUUCAGCCAGAGCACGAGCCGGGGUCAGAUUGUGCUUGGAUCUGGAGGUCCGGCCUCCACCCGAGGGCAGCUCUCUUUCUGUGGAAGGUGUUCUGGGACCGCCUUCCGACAAGAGCAGUGUUGAGCAGGCGUGGCUGGGGGAUCCCUGCGGAGUGUGGGACGUGUGGAGCUGAGGAGACAGUGGACCAUGUGCUCUUUCAGUGUACUUGGGCGAUGUCGACAUGGCAGUGGACAGGGAUCCCGCAGGGGGCCCGAUGUGCGCGGAUACAGUUCCUUAGUGUGACGCGGCAGUGGCUAGCUAGUCCGCAGACUCAUGAGGAGGGCAUCAGAGCGACUUGCACGGCCCUUCAGAUCUGGCUGGCAAGGAAUGCUCGUACUCUCGGCCAGCGCAGGGUGUCACCGAGGUUUGCUGCAGAGGUUGCUCGAGCACAGGCCACGGAGAUCAGCCAUAUCCCUUCCUCAGUGGUUGCCAGUUGUUCACUACAUCAGUCCCGGGAGCAGAGCUGCGCGCUGCCUAGGCGGGGCUUCGACAUGCACGGGCGAUGA